AUGGCGGCGCAGCCCCGAGCCGCAGCAGCAUGCUUCUCGACUUCGGCUGCGCACUCGGUGCGCAAGACCCGCGACAACAACCGCUUGCGAGGUGUCAGUACCAUGAAGAGGACCGGUCCCCGUGAGCCGCUCUCCGUCUCGUGGGAGACGCUACCCAAGCCGGCGAACUACAAGCCUGAGGUCGCGGUGGACCCCAACCACGGGCUCUGGGGCUUUUUCUACGGCAAGAACAAGCUUAUGCAGACGCCCAAGGAGGAUCAGUCUCACGGCCGCGCGUGGACGGUGGAGGAGCUACGAAAGAAGAACUGGGAGGACCUCCACACGUUGUGGUAUGUCUGCCUGAAGGAGCGGAACCGCAUCUCGACGACGAGUCGCGAGCGGGAGAGACGCAGACUUGGAUUCGGCGCCUACGAGGCCAACGAAAGGGACGAGACGGUUGUCACAACGAUGAAGGCGAUCAAGCACGUUUUGACCGAGCGCUUUUACGUUUGGGAGGAUGCGCGCAGGCUGGCAGAGGAAGACCCCGAGAUCGACCUCUCUGGCGAGGGAGAGGCGUACACGCCCCUGUCGGGAUACGAGGAGGAUUUGACGAGCAACAAGUAUCUGGCCGAGGAGGUUGAGGCCGCGGCUGCAGAGUCACCAGUCGUCGAGGCUCUGGUUGAGCCCGAGACUGAGAAGGAGGCCGCGCCGGCCGCGCCGCAGGCCGAGGCCAAGGAGAAGCCCACGCAGGCCGAGGCGGCCAAACCGGCGCAAAGCAAGCCUGCCGAACCCUCGCUGCCGACACCGAAGUUCUGA